AGGAAGCAUCACAAUCAUUUAUCAAAUAAGUAACCAUUCAAAAGAAAAAGCGAUGGCACAUUCUCCUUUUCUAAACCUUGUUUUAGUCUUUGUGACCGUGGCCUCCAUAUUUUCCACAUUUGCUGAGGCCAAUAGGGGAUUUGGAUGGGGUUGGGGUGGAGGCUCAAACUAUUCAAGCAGUUCAGGUUCAAGCCCUGGCUCAGGCUGGGGUUGGGGCUCUAGCCGGAACGGCUCGGGAUGGAUUUGGGGUGCGGGCACCAACUAUUCAAGUGGUUCAAGGUCAAGCCCCGGGUCAGGAUGGAGUUGGGGUUGGGGUAUGGGCUCCAACCAUUCAAGUGGUUCAGGUUCAAGCCCGUGGUCGGGAUGGGGUUGGGGCUGGGGUCCUAAAAACACAAACAACUCGGGAUCUGACGGCUCCGGUUCUGGCUGGGGCUGGGGAGGUCACUCAAAAGGUUAUAACGCAACCUACAAUGCACCUAGAAAGAUCAUAGUCGGUGGAGACAAAGAGUGGACAUAUGGUUUCAAUUACUCCGACUGGGCUUCUAAGACUGCCCCCUUCUUUCUCAAUGACAUACUUGUGUUCAAAUACAACCCACCAGCACCGUUCACGCACAGCGUUUAUUUGUUUUCUAACCCAUUGAGUUACGAAAAGUGCGAUGUUAAGAAAGGAAAGAUGAUAGCAUCACCGAAGCAAGGUGCUGGGAAUGGCUUUGAGCUUGUUCUUACAAAAAUGAAGCCUUACUACAUAUCGUGCGGCGAGCAUGACGGUGCUCACUGCAGCAAUGGCACCAUGAAGUUUACCGUCAUGCCUAUCCUCCCCCGUUGGUAAUUUGUUUGGGUACU